AUGAUUUUUUUCAAACAAUCUGUACAAGCUCGAAUUGAGUAUCGAACCCGUUUGAAUUCAUCAGUUGAUUGCGUUAAAUUUUUUCUAAGACAAGGACUUGCGUUUCAUGGGCAUGAUGAAUCUGCAAAUUCACGUAACCAAGAAAAUUUUAUUGAACUUCUCAAGUUUCUUGCUGAUCAUAAUGAAGAUGUCAAAAUGGUCGCAUUGAGCAAUGCUCCACAAAAUCUCAAGUUGACAUCUCCUGAUAUUCAAAAAGACAUUGUAAAUGUGGCCGCAUUUGAAACUAUCAAUGUGAUUAUUAGAGAUCUUGGUGAUGCACUUUUUUCUAUUUUGAUUGAUGAAGCCCGUGACAUAUCAAUCAAUGAGCAAAUGGCAGUUAUUGCGGGCCGUGCAAAGAAUCAUAAUCAAAUUGCUUUACUUUUCAUUUUGGUUUCUAAUGUGGUGAAUGUUGUUGGAGCAUCAUGUAAACGCCGAGAUAUUGUUAGGGAGAAGCAAGCUGCAAAAGUUGCUGAGGCACUUAAUACUGGAGAGCUAUCUAGUAGGCAAGGCUUAAAUCAAGAAACUAAUCUUACACAUGCUGGUGAUACACGUUGGGGUUCACACUAUGGUACUUUAGCCAGCUUGGCUAGUAUGUUUUCAACAGCGAUUAAUGUGCUUGAAAUGAUUUCGGAGGAUGGUUCAAAUUCAGAACAACGAGCAGAAGCAAAUAUAUUGUUGGACUCAAUUCAAUCGUUUGAGUUUGUAUUCAACCUUCAUUUGAUGAAAACGAUAUUGGCUAUUACAAGUGAGUUAUCGCAAGCACUACAAAGGAAAGAUCAAGAUAUUGUUAAUGCCAUGAAUUUAGUUCAAAUUUCUAAAGUACGACUCCAAAAGAUGAGGGAGAGUGGGUGGACAUCUUUACUUGAUGAUAUUUUAUCUUUUUGUGAAAAGCAUGAAAUUGAUGUUCCCCAAAUGGAGGAUAUGUUUGUAGCUCGAGGGAGAAAAAGACGCAAUUCUCAAGAAAUUACAAACUUACAUUACUAUCGCGCUGAGUUAUUCUACAUUGUUUUAGAUAUGCAAAUUCAAGAACUAAAUGCUCGUUUCACUGAGUCGAACACUGAGUUGUUACUUUGUGUGGCAUGUUUGAAUCCAUCUAAUUCUUUCUCUAGUUUUGACAGGAAAAAGUUAAUUCAUCUUGCUGAAUUUUAUCCCAAAGAAUUUUCUUCAGUGGAGCUCAUGGUACUUAAUGAUCAACUUGAUACAUAUAUUAUCAACAUGCUAUCCAGUAUUGAGUUCUCAAUGUUGAAUGGAAUUGUCGAUCUUGCUAAGAAAAUAGUAGAGACUGAAAGAGACAAAGUAUAUCCAUUGGUGUAUUUGACUUUAGCAUUAAUCUUACUUGUUGCAACUGCUACUGUUGAGAGGAUAUUUUCAGCUAUGAAUAUUGUGAAGAAUCGGUUGCGGAACCGAAUAGGUCUUUCUAAGGCCUCGAAGGGAAUCCUCGAAAAGGAUGUCAAUAGCUCCAGGCAGUUAUCCAAGUCUAUCAGAGGUGAAGAAGGCUUACUACUGGAGGAAGAGCUCUAA